GACGCGGAUGCGAAGUUUUGGAACUGGAGCACGGCGAAGCUGAUUGUGUCGCGCAGCGCAAGGCCACACAUCAACAUCUUGGAGUGCGAGACGUCGUUGAUGGCGCUGCGGUGGCGCGCUCGAGCAGUCGUUCGGCUGGGCCGCGUCUUCCUGCACUUGCUAGACAUCACGGUCAGCACGGGCAGCCAGCAGCUCAACAAGGUGGCGCGGGCCUACAGAGUGUUGGAUUUGGCUAAGGCGCCCAGCCGUGCGCAGCCGAUGCCACUUCGCGUCAAGUCCGUUCUAGCCGGUUCGGCGCUGGAGAAGGGAAUGGAUGAUUUCGCGGCUUGCGUCCGUGCCAGGCUCCACCUCUGCAUGCAGACAGGCAGCCUGCUCGGCCUGGUACUCGCCGCG